AUGUCCUCAUCGGCCGGGGAUGACGUGCUUAUGGAGCGCACCGUCAAUAAGGGUAUAAUAACACUGAAUCGGCCCAAAGCCUUGCACUCGUUGACCGUUGAGAUGGUUAAGAAAAUAUAUCCGCAGCUCAAGAGUUGGGAAACGGAUAACACCAUGAAAAUGGUGAUGAUUAAGGCCACGGGGGAUAAGGCGUUCUGCGCCGGCGGUGAUGUCAAAUCGAUCGCACUGUCCGGAAAGGGAGCGCCGAUUACCGACGAGUUCUUCCGAGAGGAAUACCGCAUGAAUAAUCUGAUCGGUUCCCUAUCCAUACCAUAUGUCUCACUAAUCAACGGCAUUGUUAUGGGAGGGGGCGUCGGUAUCUCAGUUCACGGCCCGUUCCGUGUGGUGACAGAGAAGGCGGUGUUCGCGAUGCCGGAGACGGCUAUCGGUUUUUUCCCGGACGUGGGCGCCAGUCAUUUCCUGCCCCGACUGCCCGGCAAGUUAGGCCUAUUCCUGGGCCUAACCGGCCACCGACUGUCCGGUCGCGAUAUAGUGAAGGCGGGCGUCGGCACCCAUUUCGUGCCCAGCGCUCACCUCAAAGACUUGGAACAGGAGAUCAUGCGUCUGGAGAACCCGGACCUGCACUCCAUCGACAAGAUUCUCACCAAAUAUCAGGAACAAUGGGAACAGGACUUCAAGAAGGAGUUCUCACUGAAGCCACAGAUCGGACGCAUAAACAGUGCGUUCGGCGGACAGUCUGUCGAAGAGAUUGUGGCGAACCUGAAGAAAGACGGCUCCGAGUGGUCGAAGGCGCAGCUGGAAGUGCUCAGUAGGAUGUGCCCCAUGAGUCUCAAGUUGACGUUUGAGGAGUUGAAACGGGGCCACAGCUCCACACUACCCGAGUGCUUGAAAAUGGAGUUCCGUUUGUCGCAGCACUGCAUGAAAGCCGACGACUUCUUCACUGGAGUCACCUCUGUACUCGUUGACAAAUCAAAGGCGCCGCCCGUUUGGAAGCACCGGACGCUGGAGGAGAUCAGCGACGCCGAAGUGCAGUCCUAUUUCCAGCCGCUGUCCGCCCCUCACAAAGAGAUACAGCUAUAGCUCUAUAUGCCUUCCGAUGUUUUUUUGUCUCAUUUUCAUAGAUUGCAUGCGAAAUGCAAAAGAUUUAUAAUUUAAAUGAAACGUCUUUUUAUCGGACGAUAUAUACUAAACGAAACGGAAAUUGUUUUUUAGGUUUAAUUUACAUAUGAAAUACAUUUUAC